CAAUCCUCGAUCGUUACCUUCACAUUCCUACAUCGAGGUCACAUAUUCGUCGAAAUUUAUAUCCUCACAUUUCAACAACGAUGUUCAGACGAUUGCUCACCCUUGCCCCGCGGGCGUCGCCCUUGUCAUUCAUGCCCCUAACCGUCCGGCCUUCGAUCUCGAGCUUAAGUAGUUAUCAUUUGGUCCCCAUCGUCGUGUCGUCUGCUCGGAGCUAUCAUGAAAAAGUGCUAGAUCAUUAUAGCAAUCCCCGGAAUGUAGGCUCGAUGUCAAAGGGAGAUUUGGAUGUCGGUACGGGGCUUGUUGGUGCGCCAGCCUGUGGAGAUGUCAUGAAAUUGCAGAUUCGUGUCGACAAGGAUAGCAAUACCAUCAGUGAUGUUAAAUUUAAGACUUUUGGAUGCGGCAGUGCCAUCGCCAGCUCCAGCUACCUGACAGAGUUGGUCAGAGGAAUGACAUUGGAGGAAGCUGGAAAGAUCCGAAACACUGAGAUUGCAAAGGAGCUGUGUUUGCCGCCCGUGAAACUCCAUUGUUCCAUGCUUGCUGAAGAUGCAAUUAAAUCCGCUAUUUCAAACUAUUAUACUAAGAAUCCGAAAGCGCGCUCCACCGACUUAUCCGGAACCGCCUCGUCUAUCCCUAACGUUGACGCUCAAACUGAGUCGGCUGAACCGGCAACUACGCAAAAUACAGCCGUCUAAAUAACCUGAGGAUGAACAAUGACACAUUUUGUCCUUGUUUGUUAAAAUCCAAGGCUGGAUCCAUGGCGGAAUCACUCAGCUUGCGUUUUGAAUUUUCAUUAGGCUGGCGUCUUUUCCUUUUCUCAUUUUCUAUGUUUCCUGAUUGAUAUUCUUGUCGCAUGACGAUGUUCCGUUAUCCUUCGAAAUUGGUGACAAAUUGUACCUUUUGAAAGCUACGGCUUCUCCAUUGUUGUAUUAACAUAAACUGUGAUUUAAGGUAAUAUCCGAUUGUGUUAGAAA